AGAUGGCGGCGGCCGCGGCGCUGAGGGCGGUGGGAGGGCGGCGACGCGCCAGGUGUUGCAGCUGGAGGCGCGCGGGCUCUGCACGAAGCCAAAUAAACAAAGCGGGACGCCGCCAAAAAAGAUUCCUCCAGGCUGCUGUUUGGCUGGGUCAGGCUGUGCAGGGAGUCAGACCUCUUCCAAAGGUGGCUUCCCAUCCUCCUGCUUCCCUCUGCUCUUCCUUCCUGCCCUGCACCUUCCAGCUGACAGAGAGAAAUGUAGUGGCACCACAGGGAAGCACCAAGCUGCUUGCCACCAAGGCACCAGGUGAAUUUCCUAAAAUGUUGUCUUCUAGCUCUCUCCUACUGUCCACAGACAAAGAUGAGAGCAUAUCUAGUACCAGCCUCGAGGAAGCUUCAAAACCCGCUGAAGACACGAGGAGGUUCAUGUCAAGAAAAACUGUGGUUGCAUUUCCUCAGCGAGGAGUUGUUUCCUCCCUUGGGGAGGAAAACCUCACUGCACCUGCAACAGGAGGCUUGAGGAAAGAGUUAGUCGAGGAACAGACUUCGUCCUCAUCCAGCUCAGAGUCAGAUUCUAGCUCAGAUUCUGAGGAAGAAAAUGAGGAUUCAGGAGUUGCUGUUAAAACUAAAGUUGAGUUUCCUAAGCGAGAUCCCAUCUUUUCUGAGAACAUAGCAGUAAAGGCAUCAAUGCUAGCAAAAGAGAAUUUAUUCCAGAAAUCCCACAAAGAGUAUGGACUUAAGAAGCUGUCACGCCAACCAGAAAUAAUUGUAUCUCCUGUAAAGCAGGUCAAAUUUGCUAAAAAAUCAGUCAGCCAGGAAACAUCAAAAGCAAGAGACCCCAAAGUAAAAUCCACUCCAGAAGCAGCAGAUUGGCAGAAGUUGGUCUUAAAACCAGGUGUGGUGAGAAGCCAAGACCUGACUGGUGUCACUCAUAAAUCUGAUUGUUUGGAGGAAAAGUCCAUCGGAACCCAAGUAGCAGCAAUUCAGCUGAAAACUUCAGCAGCUACACGGGAAGACAGAGAGCAAAAAGUGGUAUCCAGAGGAGAGAAGAAAAAGGUGAAGGAGGCACAGGAGUCAGAAGCAAAAGAAGUAACUGCUCCUGAAGUGGAAGAGACUUCUGGAAGCACAGGGUUGGUGAUGGGCACCACGGCAAAGGAGGAGACCAUUCAGGAAGCAGGAGUCCAGGCUGGAGAAAGCAGCACAACAGAGGAGACUGCAGCACUUGGUGAGCCUGCUCCAGAGGAAAUGGAUAAUUCCACCUACAAGAACCUUCAGCACCACGAGUAUCACACUUACACCUUUGCUGAUUAUAUUACUGUUCUCUCAAAGUUCAGGCAGCCUCAGCCAUCUUCUGGAAGACCAUCACCAAGGCACUGAAAGAACCACGUUUAAAGCAAAUGCCCAGGCAGAAUGAUGAAUUGUUCUGUUUAACACUGUUGCUUCAUCUGUAUAAUUUAAAUCAGAUAAUAGAUAAUAAAUAAUAAAUAAAUGCAUAACAACUUUGA